UGGCGCGUUAGAGUUCAGGGCCCCGCAAAUCUUGUCGCUACCGUUAGCGAUAUGGAAAAUGGUACAUACGAGGCCAAGUUUUUACCCAUGGAGCCUGGGACCUACUCCUUACAGAUAAUGUUAGACUAUACCCUCUGUCACGGGCUUAAAAACCCGCCUCCUGAUUGGUUUAUGAGAGGCUGUCGACACGGAUCGUUUCAAAGACCAGAAACACUAACGACAUCAGACGACUACAUCAAUACACCGCUUUAUUAUGGAGCAUAUUUCACGGUCCAAGUUCCUCCUACCGUGCAAAAAGAUGCCCAGUACUUAGAUUCUCUGUUUAGCAGCAGUACCCAAUGGUGUAAUGAGGGAUGCACCCUUCUUGCGGACGGUUUUGGAAGAUGGGUGAACAACAACUGGUCGCCCUAUAAAACCUCUGACUCCAGUGACCCGAGGUCAGGGCACAGGCAGGGAUCUGGUGUCUUAUGGAUUUACGGCGACUCGCACAAUCGACGGUUUCACGAAUCAGUGCAAAACCGACAGCUGUGUUCUCGUGUAUUCCGAGCUUGUUAUCAUACCAAUGUAUGGGUCUACUGGCUGGGAACAGUGAGCUCAAACGAGGUGGAUCUUUGUUACGGAGGUCAUGACCUCAAUGUUACACAAGUCCUGGAAGAAUUGCGCUCAGUUGUAACACAGCCAUUAAUGGAUGAAGAUAGCGCCUUGGUACUCAACACAGGAGUCCACCUCUUAAAAAGCACGAGCUUUAGAAAUUAUCAGAAGAUAAUUAAAGGUUUCAUUCGUCUUUUAAGACAGAAUUAUCUCGGGAGGGUUGUUUGGAAGACAACACCCUCCCUCGGGAAACAGACAGAGCUGUACACAGGUUGUUGUCGACGCUUUCAUACUGAGCAGCGAAUUAAGCUGUUCAACGCUUACGCCAUGAAGAAAAUGUGUGAAGCUGGUAUCCCUAUCUUGGAUGUCUAUCAGAUGAGCGCAGCAUACCCAGGAGGCACUAUUGACGGUGUUCACUUUCCACCAUUUGUAUUCUACCCAGCAGAAGAUGCCUUAGAGAGAUACUUUAUGAGAUGAUGUUACUCCAUCAGCUUUAGCUCACCAUAGCGAUAGUUCCCCCUUUAUAUUCUUUUGGUGACGACUGAUCCCCCCUCCGUUCACUGACAUCAUCCCCUCCCCCACCCCCCUGGUGAUAAUAAUUAUAAGUUCUAAGUGCGUCAUUUUUCCUCUUUGAAUUAUUUACUGUUCUUGAGUAAGCGAUAAAUCUGUUGCAUAUGAACUCACUAAAAGAAAAGGAAAUACAGCCAUAGUCUUCGGAGAGUCAAAUUAUUCCCAGAAAGGAAGAUCAAGUAGUGUUCGAUCCUCAGGUUACGGGGAGUU